AUGGAUGUACCAGAGGGGAAUGGAAACCCUUUGGGUAAUGGACUCGGUCGAGCUAGGCAAACUCGACCGAUUGGUCAAGGAGAUGCUCCAAACCGCCACCAACAGAGACAAGGGAUUGUUCCACCACCAGUGCAGAACCACAACUUUGAGAUCAAGCUGGGAAUGAUCAACCUUGUCCAGAACAAGAUGUUCCAUGGAUUGCCAAGUGAAGACCCCAUUGACCACCUUGAUGAGUUUGAUAGGCUUUGUGAUUUGACAAAGAUCAAUGGUGUCUCUGAAGAUGCCAUCAAGCUGAGACUCUUUCCUAUGUCUCUAGCUGACAAAGCUCACCAAUGGGAGAAGAGCUUGCCCCAUGGCACAAUCACCACUUGGGAUGAAUGCAAGAAGGCCUUUCUUGCUAAGUUUUUCUCCACCGGUCGCACAGCCAAGCUUAGAGGAGAGAUAUCCAGCUUCAUCCAGCGAAACAAUGAGACAUUCGCAGAGGCUUGGGAGAGGUUCAAAGGGCUACACAAGUCAGUGCCCACACCAUGGAUUCAACAAUGA